AUGUCAGCUAUUCCCAUAACUCCAACUAAGCGUAUCAGAAGAAAUCUAUUUGACGAUGCCCCAGCAACGCCUCCACGGCCUUUGAAAAGAAAGAAAUUGCAGUUCACAGAUGUGACGCCAGAAUCGUCUCCAGAAAAAUUGCAGUUUGGCCCACAGUCUAUUUUUCUGAGGACGAAAGCUCUUUUACAGAAGUCAUCUGAGUUAGUCACCUUGAAUAGCAACGAUGGAGCUUUGCCAGCAAGGACCGUAGAGUACGAGCAGGUUAUGGAUUUUUUGGCGAAAGCCAUUUCUGAACACAGGUCCGAUUCGCUAUACAUCACGGGCCCACCUGGCACUGGUAAGACUGCCCAGCUUGAUAUGAUUAUAAGACAGAAGUUCCAAUCACUCCCACUCUCGUUGUCAGUGGCAUGCUCGAAGGAGACACCGAGACAUGCGAAUCCAAACUUGCAGAACUUGUCCUGGUUCGAACUACCUGACGGCAGGCUAGAAUCGGUGGCGGUGACCACUAUUAAUUGUAUAUCAUUAGGAGAACCGUCUUCCGUUUUCCAGAGGAUUUUCGAUUCCUUCCAAGAUCUGAAUGGUCCAACUUUGCAAGUGAAAAACAUGCAGCAUUUACAGAAGUUCUUAGAGCCUUAUCAUAAUAGGACUACGUUUGUGGUUGUGCUGGACGAGAUGGACAGACUAUUGCAUUCUAACACAAAUGAGACAGAAUCGGUCAGGACUAUUCUUGAAUUGUUCCUUUUGGCGAAAUUGCCUACCGUGAGUUUUGUGCUAAUUGGUAUGGCUAAUAGUCUAGAUAUGAAAGAUAGAUUUCUUUCCAGGUUAAAUUUGCAUAGAGGAUUACUACCGCAAACUAUUGUAUUUCAGCCAUACACCGCUGAGCAAAUGUAUGAAAUCGUCAUACAAAAAAUGAGCUGCCUACCGACUAUCAUCUUCCAACCCAUGGCCAUCAAAUUCGCAGCAAAGAAGUGUGCUGGUAAUACGGGUGACCUCAGGAAACUUUUCGAUGUCUUAAGAGGAAGCAUUGAGAUUUAUGAAUUAGAAAACCGGUUCCUGCUUUCACCAACAAAAAAAUCAGUGAAUUCUGCGCAAGUUCCUUUGACACCAAUGACUUCACCGGUGAAAAAAUCGUGCCCCCAACCACAAGGUAAAAUAGGCUUGAACUAUAUAGCCAAAGUCUUCUCGAAAUUCGUAAAUAAUAACUCUACGAGAACAAGAAUAACUAAACUGAACAUCCAACAAAAAUUAAUCCUUUGUACCGUAAUCCAAUCACUGAAGCUGAAUCCCGAUGCUACAAUCGACGAAUCGUUUGAUCAUUAUAUCAAAGCGAUAACCAAAACGGACACUUUAGCACCAUUGCAGAGAAAUGAAUUUUUGGAAAUUUGUACAAUUUUAGAAACUUGUGGGCUGGUUUCAAUCAAAAAGACAAAAUGUAAAGGAAAGACCAAAAGAUUUGUUGAUAAGAUUGAUGUCGAUCUCGACAUGCGGGAAUUUUACGAUGAGAUGUCCAAAAUAUCAAUUUUGAAACCUUUCCUUCGCUAG